AUGCAACAAAAAUCAUACCCAUCAUUGGACAUCACAGCCUUUGCUUCACAACAAGCCAGCUGGAAAUGUUUUGAUUCCUGCAGCAAUAAUAUUAACCGGGAGACUUUUGAGCCAAUGAAGCAAUUUUCCAUGGCAUUUAAUUUGACUUUUGUGAAUAAGUAUCAAUUCUAUAAAGUUCAAGAUGAAAUUGUAUUCCCAGUCAUAAAUUCAACCUAUGAAAAGCAACAAAACAAUUUAUUGCAAAUAAUAAAAGAAGCUAAGGCAAUUAACUUAUGUGGUGAUGGACGAUCUGACAGUCCUGGGCACAAUGCCAAAUAUGGAACUUACACUUUAAUGGACGAAAGUUCUGGAAAAAUUCUUGACUUCUCCUUGGUUCAUGUAUCAGAGGUUUCUUCUUCAUAUGCCAUGGAAAAUGAAGGUUGUCAACGGUCUCUCAACAAACUCAUCAACCAAGAUGUGAAGAUAAGGUCAUUGACAACUGAUCGUCAUGUUCAAAUCACAUCUGAGUUGAAGAAGAAAUAUCCUUCAAUAAUCCAUCAGUUUGAUGUGUGGCAUUUGUCAAAGUGGGUUACCAGAAAGUUGUCAAAAAAAGCCCAGAAACAUGAACCCCUACUCAAAUGGGUGCAGUCUGUAUCCAACCAUUUGUGGUGGUGCUCUCAGUCUUGCAAGGGAGAUGCAGAUUUGUUGCAAGAAAAAUGGGUUUCCAUAUUAAAUCAUGUUGUCAAUAAGCACAAGUGGAAGGAGGGAAAAUACUUUAAAAAGUGCGCCCAUGGUCGGCUUUCUGAAAGAAAACAAAGAAAAACAAAGUGGUUAGAAAAUGGCUCUGCUGCUCAUGUUGCUUUAGAAGAAAUCGUACUUAACAAAAAACUAUUAAAAGACUUAACAAAGCUAACAGAAUUUCACCACACUGGGGAACUUGAGGUUUACCACUCACUUCUCCUAAAAUACUUACCCAAACGUCUUCACUUUUCGUACAAAGGUAUGCUUGCAAGAACCAAGUUGGCAGUGAUAGACCACAAUGUAAACACUGGCAGAAAACAAGCACAAGUUCAAUGUGGAAAGCAGCAAGGGGAAAAGCGAUAUAAUAUCGUGUUCCCAAAAGGGCGAAAAAAUUGGGUAGCCAAGCCAAUUAUGGCGAGUAAGUCGUAUUCUUUUGUGCAAGGUAUGAUGGAAGAUGUCUGCUGUUUUAAUGUAAAAAAUGUACAUAACAAGAUUUCUUUACCAGCAAACAUUCCAAGAAAUAUUGCAUCUAUAGAAAAGCCAAACAAAGAAAGUGUUAUACAAGCACACAAAUCAAGAAUGGGUAAAUAGUCCCCAAAAAAUAUUUAUAAUGUAUAUAUCAAUAUUUAUAAUUAAUAAUAAGAGAAUGUCUAAUAGUAAAGUAGCCCAAUUUUUGUUUUGCUAUGCAAAUUCAUUAGCAAAGGCACUUUUCAAUUAUGUACACCAAAAUCCUUGCAUAGCACAAAUAAAGAAUUGGUUUGGCUUGGCCAUUAUAAUUUGUAUUU